AUGAAAUAUUCAAUCUUGAAAAUCCCUAUUCUGCCAGCAGAACUCAUCACUGAAAUCCUCGUAAGGCUUCCAAUGAAAUCCCUCUUGAAAUUCAGGUUCGUGUCUGUUUACAAAAGUCAAGACUAUCUUAAGAACUGUUCUCUUAAUGACUCUGUGACUGAGGAAUAUGACUUGGAUUAUCCCACAAAUGAUGCUCGCCAAAAUGUUUUGGUUGUGGGUACUGUCAAUGGAUUGAUUUGUCUUGCCAUUGGGUCAACUGACUUGUUUCUAUGGAAUCCAUCAAUUAGUAAGUUUGUGAACGGGAAACUUCAUUGGCCUAAUACUCCUGCUGGUUUCAACAAGUAUGAGAGCUGGAACAUCUUGUCAUUUGAUUUGUCUAAUGAGAAAUGGGGAAAGGUGGAGCCGCCCUACUAUGAAGAAGGAGAUAUUAUUCCGUCGGUGGGAGUGUUGGGAAGUGAUCUUUCUGUGUUCUCUAAUUAUCAGGAAAGUCACGCAAAUGUAUGGGUUAUAAAAGAGUAUGGGGUUGAAGAGUCUUGGAUAAAUAUGUAUACCAUCAAACAUCCUAGGUUUCCUCCUUUUAUUUAUCCAACAGUUUGCAUGUCAAUCAAAGGUGAAAUAUUGGUUGUAUCUGGAUCAACUAUCAUGAUUCACAAUCCACAGGAUGAAUCGAUCAUAUAUCUAAAGGGAUCUAUCUUUGAUUACAGUACUGCGUCAAACAUCUACGUUGAAAGCCUAGUUUGUCCUCUUUUACAAAACGAACCAAGCACACAACAAGAAUGA